CCAAUUUUCCAUCUGGUAAUUCUCCAUUCUUGUUUUUCUUUCUGAACAUUUGGAUACAAAUUCUGUAUAUAACUAUGUGUUUUUGGAUUUUCCUCUCACAUCGAUCACAUCUCUUUUAUUGUUCAUCACGAAAUCUUCACAAACCCUAACGAUUGAUAACGUGUACGUAAGUCUUUCUCUAUAAAUUUGGAAUAUUUGACCUGGUUUGUUCUUCAUUUAAACGUAUCUGGUAAUUGUACAUUAUAUUAUUUCUCUAUACACAUCCGACAGUUUUUUCUGUUCAAAUCUCUCGAACAUUGUGAUAUGGUUUAGCGAAUUGGGGAUUGUGGGUGUUGAUUCUGAUUUCGAGGGUUUUGUGAAAUUUGUUUUGGGACAUACUGAAUUAUGUCACCUGCGGCUCCGAUCGAGCCGGCGAAGAAGACAUUACCGGAAUCGUCAUCGUCGGGAGAGUUGUCACCAGAGAGAGCUGAUUUGGAGAAGUGUCGCCGUUUUGGGGACCUAAGAGGGGUUCAAUGGCGUAUAGAUUUGGGGAUUUUGCCUUCUUCUUCCUCUUCUUCCGUCAAUGAUCUUCGUCGUGUGACAGCCAAUUGCCGUAGAAGCUAUGCUGCUUUAAGGAGGAGGCUCCUAAUCAAUCCUCAUAUUCCCAAGGAUGGAAGCAAUUUUCCUGAUCUUGUCAUGGACAAUCCGCUAUCGCAAAACCCUGAUAGCAUGUGGGGCCGUUUUUUUCAUAAAGCUGAGUUAGAGAAAAUGGUUGACCAGGACUUGUCACGCUUGUAUCCUGAACAUGGUAGCUACUUCCAGACGCCUGGGUGCCAAGGCAUGUUGAGACGGAUUUUGUUGCUUUGGUGUAUUAGACAUCCAAACUAUGGCUACCGGCAAGGGAUGCAUGAGCUUCUGGCUCCACUUCUAUAUGUUCUCCAGGCUGAUUUAGAGCGUCUUUCUGAAGUGCGAAAACAAUACCAAGAUUACUUCACUGACAAUUUUGAUGGUCUAUCAUUUAAUGAAACCGACUCUGCUUAUAAAUCUGAUUUGGAAAAAGGUUCUCCACAUAUGGAAGAUGCUAUUAAAAACCAGAAGGACCAGGUUAAGGAUAAUUACCUUAACGAACUGGAUCCUAAGAUACAAACCAUUAUUUUGUUUAGCGAUGCAUAUGGGGCAGAGGGGGAAUUGGGUAUCGUUUUAUCCGAGAAAUUUAUGGAACACGAUGCUUAUUCUAUGUUUGAUGCUUUGAUGAACGGAGAUGGUGGUGCGGUUGCGAUGGCAAAUUUUUUCUCACAUUCUCCUUUGAACGGACCACAAAACGGAUUACCCCCUGUAUUAGAAGCAUCGUCUGCUUUGUACCACUUGCUCUCUAUAGUUGAUUUAUCUUUAUACACGCAUCUUGUUGAGCUUGGAGUUGAACCACAGUACUUUGCUCUUCGCUGGUUAAGGGUUCUUUUCGGACGUGAGUUUGCCCUCGAGGACCUCUUAGUCAUCUGGGAUGAAAUUUUUGCGCUUGAUAACAGUAGAUUAAGUGGAGGUUCUGAACAUGAAUCCGAAGUCAGCUAUGGGGUCUUGAAAUCGUCAAGAGGAGCCUUCAUUUCAGCACUUGCUGUUUCAAUGAUACUCUAUUUGCGAUCUUCAGUUCUUGCAACCGAGAAUGCUACUUCCUGCCUUCAAAGAUUGCUGAACUUUCCAGAAGAUGUCAGUCUUGCGAAACUGAUCAAGAAAGCUAAAUCCUUGAUGACUCUUGCAAUUGAUGCUAUUAACUCGAAACCAGUGGGGGUUAGAGGUCAAAGUCUUUCGUCUGAUCUCGUUGCUCCUGGAAGUCCGCGCAGUUUGGUGCCAGAGAGCUAUUGGGAAGAAAAGUGGAGGGUCUUGACCAAAGAAGAAGAACAACGAAGGCAAGCUACCCCACAAAAACUAGUUCAAAACCGCAUUAAGGGUUGGUCAGAGAAAGUGAAGAUGCGUUUAUCAAGGACUGAAUCUGCCUGUCUCCUUUCAAAGGUAAAUCACAAAAUUGUGGACCGUUCAAGAUCACCCAUUAGGAAAAACUUGCUGGAUGAUCUAGCCCAUCAACUGGGCUCAGAAAUAGAUGAGAAAUUAGCAAGUGAAGAUGACUCUAAAGUGCGGUUUUCAAGCGUAAAUGGAGGCAGUGAAGAGAAUUCAUCCAUUUUCUCUGACCCUGUAAGCCCAAGAUGCUUUGCUAUUAAUAAUGAUCAUGGGAAUGAGACCGAAAGAAGCAGUGUGGCAUCCAAUUCUUCAGUUAUCGGGAACCACCCAGCAGCUCUGUAUAGUGCUACUGAAGAAGUUGCUUCACCUUUACCAGUCUCGGAUCCCCCCGAAGAUAUGUUGUUUAAGGAGGUGCAGAAUGAUUGUACUAAAGAAAGGGCGGUGACAAAUUUGAGAGAGAGAAGACUUCUAGCCGGGAAGUUUCAGUGGUUAUGGAUGUUUGCAAAAACCGGGCCCGAGGGAUCAGCGGAGAAAGGUGUAUGUACAUCUGAGUCUUCUAUUUCACCCGUUACUGAAUGUAAUCAGAAAAACGCGGUGCCAUCUUCUUCUACAACAGAUGGGACCAGCAAACCUGAAGCUGUUGAUCAGAAUAAUAUGUCAUCUUUGAAAGAUGUUGCUCGUUCCAUGCUAGAACAUAUUGAGGUGAUUGAAUCUGUUCUCGAGCAACAAAAAGCUCAAACAGAACCUGUAGCAAAAAUUGCUUUGGUAGGCCGAGGACAGAUUACAGCCAUGGCAGCUCUCAAAGAGCUUCGUAAGAUUAGCAACCUUUUAUCAGAAAUGUGAGGUGAUUUCUUCUUUACAUAUCGUAUACAUAUAUAUUGUGAUUAUGAUUUUUGAGAGUGCUCUAAUAAACGAGUUUCUUCGUUUUGUCAUGGCCUCCCUCGUAGUUUAGGUUACAAAAUUUUUCCUCACAAAGGUUGAUAUGUAAAUGUAAAUAUACUUGUAUCAUAUUAAUCGAGAAAAUUGAUUGGUCAUACUUUUAUC